AUGUCCCAAACUGCCGUUAUAAACUAUCCACAAUUAGAAGAAUUUCUGCAGAAGGAAGGAUCAACAGAAGAUGAAGCGAGAGCGUGGUACGAUAAGUUGGUCGAUUAUGAAAUCGAGGGCUCCGAAUCGCCGCAAGAAAUAGAACUACUUUAUAAUGGAGCAAAGUAUUUGAUGAGUUUUGGAUUCACGGCAGCAGAAGAAUUACGAGAUGUAGCGGAACACGAAGCAGUUACAAUGGCAGAAAAAGAAGAUCAAUGGGAAGAACAGAAAACUGCGUUGAAUUCAGAAAUAGAAGCAUUGAGAGAUCGAAUAACUUCGAAAGCAGAAAUUGGAGAUUCAACAGAAGCGUUUCGGGCACAAAUCGACAGUUUGAAGGAGGAAAAUAGGCAGUUGCAGCAAUUGAAUAGAGAUAGAGAUAGAGAAAUGGCAGAUCAAAGAGAUCGAUUCGAGAAUUUGGCAUCUCGAGUGGACACUCUUACAAGAGAAAGAGAUGCACUUUCUGAUCAUAAAGCUCAAUUAGAAGAUACAAUUCGAGAACUAAACCGCCGUAUAUCCGCCAAAACUGAAGACACAGGAGGAGAUUGGGAAAGCAAAAAGCUGAAAUUGAGGAAUGAGCAAGUGCUGACUAUAAGUAGACAAAUGCAGGCUGUAGUGACCCAGAAUGAGGAAUUGAGAGAAGAAAUAGAUCGAGUUAGUGAUGCUCUGGAAGAAGCAACAAGAAUCAUUGAACAAAGUGCUCUCAGAUACACCGAGAUGACAAAUAAAUUGGAAAUCAGCCAGUUAAGAAUCGAAGAGCUUUACAAUCAAAAUCGACGGUUGACCCAAGUGCUUCCUGAAGAACUUGUCGAGCAUGUGAAUCAGUGUAUUUCUGCUGCUGAGAACAUGUUGACUGGAAAACCAACAGAUAAAAUCAACUUUUUGAUUCAAGUUGCUGAUCUUCUUGCUCCGAAAUUUCUAAAUGAAAAUGAUAUGAAGGCGUUGGAAGAUGCGACUGGAAUGACGGAAGCAGUUGAACAAAAAGAGAAAAUUGAAAGAGCCGAUGAGAGAAUUCGAUCGUUACAGGAAGAGUUGAGCGCGGUGAUGGAGGAAUGUGCUCGAAUGAGAACUAUGAUAAGGGAGGAUCGAACUGGAGAAAAGGAGCAGGAACUGGAACAGUUGAAAAAGGAAUUAGUGGAUGCAACGACACUCGCAAGGAAUUUAUUCGGAGAAGCAAUGUCAGAAGUGCCUGGACAAGAUCCGACAACGACAUUGCAGAUGAGAAUAUUACAGCUGGAGCAUACAAUGGAACAGUUGAAUGAAGAAAAAGAGAAUCAUAAGAAGACAAUAGAAGAAAUGCAAUUUACGAUUGAACAGAAAGACGAAAAUAAUGGGGAUGUUCUAAGUGAGCUGAAUCGAUUGAAAGAUGAAUAUAGGUUGUUUAAGGCAAAGUUCGGAAGUGCUCGAGAAGAAAUUGCACGACUAGAAAAGCAGUUGAAAUUCCGCGAUGAUCAGAUUGGAAAACUUCAGCAGCACUGCACGCUACUCCAAGUGGAGUUAGGAAGGUAUGCAGAAGGAUCUUAUAAAUCGAUCGCCAAGCCAACAACCCCAAGAAAAAUCAAAAGACCCGACAUACUUCUUAUUUCAAAAAAAGAAAGAGACGAAUCUAGAAAAGUAGUUGAAUCUGAAGAAGUUGAAUCUCCGAAAAAAUCCUCGCCGAGAGUUGUGGAAGAUGUCGAAACUCCAAAAACAGUUUCAACUCCGAAAACCACUAUACGAGCUGAGCCAGCUUCACAUUCUGGAGAUUAUUCAGAUAUUGCACAACAAGCAGUUUUGAUUUCAAAUCUCUAUUAUGAACUAAUGCAGCUUCUGGAGGAAGCCUCAUACAAAGACGAGCAAUUGGUUCAAAUGCAAAAGUCCUGGAAGUCAACCCAAACCUCAUAUCAGGAAAUGAAAACUCAGUUAGAGUUGGCAUAUACUGAAAUUAAGAAGUUGAAGAAAGAGAAUAUGAUGGUCGAAGAGAAAACUUUGGACGAAUUGAAAUGUACGGAGUUGGUUGAACUUCAGCGACUCGUCGAAACAAUCAAUGUCGGAGGAACGGAAAUGGAAAGAAGAAUGGGAGAAGCGACGAGAAUGUUGGUGACAGAGCGGAUGGAAAGAAUGAGACCGUGGCAGAAGGUCCCACAACGACAACUACCAUUCACAAGACAAUGCACAAUUCUUAAAACUAAAGUUGAGAGAUUAGAAGAGACCACAAGGAGAUCUCGAGAAGCAUUGAGAGAAAAGGAACUGGUUUCUCAAAGAACUAUAAAUCGGUUGAAGUAUGAAAAUGAUACGACCACCAUUGAAAUCGGAAGACUUCAAACGAAACUUUUGCAAAGUGUUCCGACCGAAGAUUAUGAUAAAUUAAUGAGAAAAUAUAAGAGAUUGGUGAAGGAAAGCACUGGAGUAGAAACAAAUAAUGAAGAUAUUCCAAGACAGGAAAUGACUGCUUUUUCAAUGAAUCCAAAUGAAGCAGAAGUGGAAGCAAGAGAGAAUAUGCUCAAGAAAAUGAUCGACGUCGUAUCCGAUCAGAGUGACUUUUGGAAUCAAGAAGCUGCAAUGCUCCAAGCAGAAAACGAAGAACUCAAGAAAUUCAUAGAAGACGUGGAAAACGAAAGUGAUUUGAAGAGUGUGCUGGGAGCCGUAGAACGACGUCUUCUGAAUACAAUUCGAGAAUUGAGAGAAAACGAGAGAGAAUAUUUGAGAGAGAAAAAGAAACAAAGAGGAAAUGAUGUUGAAGUGAGAAGGGAUUCAGAAAUACUUCGUCGAGAGAGAAUGGCACUUAUCAAUGUGAUAAAUAUUCUGCAAAGAGAGAAUAAGAUUCUCAGGGAUCAGGCGAUUGGAACGGUUAGUCUACAACAGUUGGAAAUGUUGCGUUCAAAUAUCUUCAACGCACGGUUGAAAGAAACAGAAAUAGCUCAAAAAAUGGAAAACAUAGACAAGAUGAAGGAGGAGAUGGAGACAGAAAAUCUCAGGAUUCGAGCCCUUCGAACCGCAAACGAAGUGAUAUCCACAUUCGAUGGGAAUGAAAUCAGACCUCAGAACAAUAACGAAGUAGUUGAAAAGCAAAUGCAAAUGGCAUAUUUUAACGCAUCCCAACAGAGUGCUAAAGCGAAACAAUUGGAGAGAUUAGUUCAUUUGAAAGAGCAGAAAAUGGCAGAAUUGAAUGAAGAAAUGAGAGAAUUGAGGAAAUGGAAUUUAGAAUUGAUUACUACAAUAGAGACAAUGAAAGAUUUCAAAGCUGGGAGAAGAGAAUCACACCAUAAGCCAGAAACAAUCUCUAUCGCAGCGGAUAUUGAAAACGGAGAAGACAGUUUGGAUAAAGAAAGUGAUUAUGAAAUGGACAUAAGAAGUGAAACUUCAUCAUCCGAAGAAUCCUCCGGAAGAAUUGUGGUUCGAACCAUUGUUCAAGACAAUGUGGAAGCAUUCGAAAAUAGAAUAAAAGAGAUCAAAACAUCAGCUCAAUUGGCAGUUCAGGGAUAUAAGGAACAGUUGGAACUAAAGGAGAUUGCAAUUGAGAGAUACAAAAAGCUUUUACGACAGAAAAUUGAUGAAGGUGUUCAGGUUAUCGAAAAAGUGGAGAUCGUGCAGCAGGAAAUUGAAGUUCCUGAUAGAGAAACUGAAGGGAGACUGAAAAAUUCUGAAACAAAAGUGAGAGAAUUGGAAUUGGAAAUCAAGAAAAUGAGAGCCAGUAUCAGAAAAGCAGAGAAGAAAAUCGAUGAGGAGAACACUGAAGAAGAACAGUCAUGGAGGAUAGAAAAUCUAAAAGAAUUUUUAGAUGAAGAAGUACAAACUGAAUGGGAAAUAUCACUUCCGCCUCAUUCGGCUUACUCAAAUUUAAAUAAUAUAAAUGAGGAAGAAUUGGAAGAAAUUCCAAAGUCUGCGAAAAGUGAGAAAGUGCGAAGAUUGGAAGAGGAAAUGCAAUUACUGCAAGAAUUAGUGGCGAAAUCCGAUUCAAAGGACGGAGAGAAUAUGCGACAGAAGUCAGAAAUUCGAGAUUUGAAAGCGAGAGUUCAGAGAUUAACAAAGACAAAUAAGGAGUUGUUGGCAACAUGUGAGAGUAUAAAAGAGGAUGCGUUAGCUGAGUUAUCGACGUUUAGAAGAAAUAAUGAAACAAGUGAUGAGAAAAGAAUGUUAGAUUUGAGAGUGGAAUUGGAGAGAAUUCGAACGACGAAUCGAACUUUGCGUAAUGCUAAUGAAGAGUUGAAAACUGAAUUGAAUCGUUUGAAGCAGAUUUUGGAAAAAAAGGACAACAAGAAUGAUGUGGAUGAAUGGAUAAAGAAAAAACGACAGGAGGAAACAAUUGCGUCUCUGAAGGAGAAAUUAAAAAGUAAGCUGACUUAUUCGAAUGCUGCGAACAAAAUUUUUGUUACAGAAAAGGAAAUGACUGAAAAAGAGAAUUUGGAAAAGUUGAAGAAGCGAGAAAUGGUGAUUGAGACCAUGAGGAAUGAUCAAGGAUUGCGGAGUGCUGAAAUAGAAAGAUUGCAGAGAAAACUGAAAUUGGUAGGCUUCAAUUUUCAAUGUAAAUCUAAUUCGCAAUUUCUAUUUCAGAAUGAUCCUACAGUCAUAAAAACGAAAGUAGAGACAGAAUGGAAAUGGAAGUUAGAAAUCCUAGAAGCAAGUAUUACCAAAAAGAAUGAGGAACUAUCUGUUCUACACAAAAGCAUCUCACGGAUGAAGUCCGAAAUAGAGCAUUUGAAGUCGAAACAUGUGAAAGAGAUUGAAAAGAUCCAAGUGGAGAAUAUCGAUCGAAUUCGAAAAGAAGUAACCAAAACACGAGAAGAAGUUAAAAAAUCGAUGACUGUAAUUCGACCAUCAAUGAGUUCGGUUCAAAUUCAAACAGAUUUAAUUCAAAUGGAUGAUAAGACAACUGGUAGAAGUACCGGAAGAAGUCAUCGAUCUGGUGAAAGUCAUAAAUAUCUGCACAAAGUGAAAUCUUUGUCUUCUUCUUCUUCAUCAACUACAUCUUCUUCGAAUUCAAAAUCUCAUCCAAAAACUCCAACUUCCUCUUCAAACAGUUCAGUUGAAGCCGUUUCUGAUAGACGAUCAAGUCGGAAGUCUCUUGAUAAAACGUUAUCUCUGGGCCGGACUCUUGACGGUUUAGAAUUAUCAGCUCCUGAAAAAUCAGAAAGAAGCGACUAUCAUCAACUGAAAGAGAGUUUGAAAUUGACUCGUGAAAGACUGGAGGAAAGUCAAACAAAUUUGGUUAGAAUGGAAAAAGAUUACUCAUCGCUUUUCGAGAAAUUUGAUAAUCUGAAAUUACGGUCCCAAAGAGAUGAGAAACCAACUGGCGCUGUACUGGUUUUAUCAGAUAAACUAGCAGCGAAAGAUAGAGAAAUUGCUCAACUGAAAACCCACAUUUCCCAAUUGCAAAGAACUAUUCAUUUACAAGGCAUCUCAGAAUCCCGAAUUCAUUGA